AUGGCGCGACUUCUCGCACGCUUCUGCAAGACGCUUCCCGUCCAGGGUAACUCAACCCGAUCGGUUCUGCCUGCCAUCUCGAUGGUGCCAUCGCGCGCCCGUAGUACUGACACCCGCAUUCAGGCCGUAAAUCCUGUGGUCGAGAUGGAUGGCGACGAGAUGACGCGUAUCAUCUGGCAGUUCAUCAAGGAUAAGCUUAUCUUUCCUUAUGUGAAGGUCGAAGCACUUUACUACGAUCUUGGUCUUCCCUAUCGCGACCAGACGGACGAUCAGGUUACGAUCGAUGCAGCGCACGCCAUGUUGAAGCAUAAUGUCGGCAUCAAGUGCGCGACGAUCACGCCGGACGAGCAACGUGUGGAGGAGUUCAAGCUGAAGAAGAUGUGGCUCAGUCCGAACGGUACGAUCCGUAACAUUCUCGGCGGUACGGUGUUCCGUGAACCGAUCAUCUGCAGCAACAUCCCGCGCAUUGUGCCCGGCUGGACGAAACCGAUUGUGAUCGGCCGUCACGCGCACGGUGAUCAGUACAAGGCGCAGGAUUAUGUGGUGCGCAAACCGGGCACGGUGAAGAUGGUGUACGCGGGCGAUGAUGGCACGGUAGAGGAGAUCCUGCUGUAUAAGUACAAUGCACCCGGUGUGGCGCUGGCUAUGUACAACACGGACGAGUCGAUCACUGCCUUUGCCCACUCGUCAUUCCAAGUGGCACUUAGCAAACGCUGGCCGCUUUACCUGUCCACCAAGAACACGAUUCUCAAGCGUUACGAUGGUCGCUUCAAGGAUAUUUUCCAGGAGAUUUAUGAGAAAAACUACAAGAAGCAGUUUGAAGAUGCCAAGAUCUGGUACGAACACCGACUGAUCGAUGAUAUGGUAGCACAGGCACUUAAAUCUUCGGGUGAGUUUGUGUGGGCCUGCAAGAACUACGACGGGGACGUACAGUCGGAUAUCGUAGCGCAGGGAUACGGUUCGCUUGGCCUAAUGACAUCGGUGCUGGUGUGUCCGGAUGGAAAAACUCUCGAAUCGGAAGCCGCUCACGGAACCGUCACGCGUCACUACCGUGAACAUCAAAAGGGGCGUCCAACCUCCACCAAUCCGAUCGCCUCGAUCUUCGCAUGGACCCGCGGUUUGGAGCACCGUGCCAAGCUUGACAAUACGCCCGAUCUGGCCCGCUUUGCCCAAUCGCUCGAGAAAGCCUGUGUCGAUACGGUGGAAUCGGGCAAGAUGACCAAGGAUUUGGCACUCUGCAUUCACGGUUCGCGCAACCUCAAGGAUAGCAUGUACCUGAACACGCAGGACUUCCUGGAAGCUAUCUCGGAGCAGCUAGAACGUACGUGGAAGAAAUAA